UUCACCAAACAGCCGCCAUUUUGGCCAUUUUCACUGAGAAAAAAAUCGUUUUUUCUCUUCAUCUUCUUUCAUUGUUUUCCGAUCAGAUCGACUACAGUUGCCACAGAAGGACCCAUUUGUAUUCUGAAUGAAGAUUGAAGCGUCACUCGGCGAAUUUGGGACAAAAUAUCAUGUAAUUUCGUCGACAGUGUAGGUCUAUUAGUUAUUGUAAUAUUGUAUUGUGCGAGCAAUUGCGGUGAACAGUCGUCCGAUCGAGAGGCUGAGAAGAUGGUGUAGCUGCCUGCAGAUAGUUGAUUUUUGUUAUCAGGACUUUUAUUAUGUUUAGGAUGGUUUAUUGGAUUUUUCGGGAACCUUCGUAGCAAUUUCUAAUCAACAAGUUCACAACGUACUUGCCGGGCGUGUGUGUCUUCAACAUGGCAGAUCAGUUAGUCGACGGGCCGCCGAAUAAACGGCAGAAGCUUUCCUCUCCUGCAACUACUCCCAACGAUAAUUCGGAGUUCUUCGGGACGUUAUUACAAGACUUGGAGGGCGAAUUGCCCGACGAGCUGAUGGUUGGUGGUGGUUCGGAAAACAUGAGCAAUGGUACAAGUAGCAAUGCUACCAACUCCAGUGGCACGGUGACAGUUGUUGAUCGCCAGUCUGAGACAAUUCAAAAGAACCAACAACUUUCACAGCUUUUAUCCUCACCGCCCAGGACUUCUACAAAUGCUCAAUCGGCCUCAAAUAAUAUUGCAAGCCCAAAACAGCAAAAUCAAACUCAAAUUCAGCUUAGCCCAAACAUGGGUAACAGAAAUGUGCAAAGUCCCAUGUCAAACAGUCUACAGUCUCCUCCAAAUACAGUUGGAAAUUCAAGUGUUGGAGGACAGACACCCAAUUCUACUGCUAUAAGUAUAAACAAUGAUACAAUUACAAGUAUAGCAAAUAUAACAAGUACUAUAGCAAUGACAAACUCUUUGAACACAUCAAGUUCAUCACAUCUGCUGCAGGGCAGUGGUGCUGCUGGACAAACCAAUAAACCUGUGAUGAAUGGACCUUUUUCAAUUUCUCCUAAUACUACAAUGACCUGGACUACUGCUACCAAUUCUGCUGCACUGACAGGAAACUUAGUAAAUGCAAUUUCACAACAAAAUGCUGCCAGUGGCUUAGGCAAUCACCCUGGUCUAAGUGUAUCACAAACUCAGGCUGCACUGGCAAAGGUUUCAAGUAUGAGUUCAAGCGGGAGUACAUCUUUUCAUAAUUUCUCUACUGAAUCAAGUCAUUCCACUAUGACUCCUUUGUCUACCACAUUUUCCCCAGCGGGAACAACAUUGACGACAAGUAGUUUGAAUGCUGCUGGAAAUUUGGGAUCUAGUCUUAAUAUGCCAACAUCUGUAAAUAUGGAGAAGGCAAGCUGA